ACGGUUAAUAGGUUAAAUGACCGGAUUUUUUUAUUUUAAUUUUUAGUUAUCCGCAUAAACGAACCUAUGUGAUUGGAAAUCAUGGCAUUAAAUCACCUUGGCACAAUAUUAGAGCUUUGUUCUACGCGAACCGCAUUGAGCUUGCAUCGAGACCUGCAAAACAAGCUUUCGAGGAACGUUCGACAUUUUCGCAAAAGGAACACUACAGAGCCGACUAAAACCGAAACAAAAGUCAAUCCGGGCAGUUUGGAGACUCCAUUUAGUGACGUGCACCUGGAGACUAGAGAUUUGAGCGGUAGAAAACUGUGGAAACCGUUCUUGUUUACCGUGGGUUUUUCGGGUGCUAGUUUUGUGGGGUGCGCGAUAUGGGAGUACGAGAAUAUGAGAGCACACGCCGUCAAGAUGCUCAAACGACCACUGCGGAACAAUCCGGAUAGUUUUCGCAAUCAUAAUUUAGUGAAAAUAGCUGAUAAAUGGUGGAAUUCACUAACGCCUGGUCAAAAAGUCUUUGCCCCUAUCUGUGCCAUCAAUGUAUUGGUAUUCUGUGCGUGGAGGGUGCCCAGAUUUCAACCGUUCAUGCUUAGAUAUUUUGCUUCCAACCCUGCUAGUAAUCAUCAGUGUUUGCCAAUGAUUUUAUCUACAUUUAGUCAUUAUUCGGGAUUGCAUUUGUUGGCUAACAUGUAUGUGCUACACAGUUUCAGUACAGGUGCUGUGCAUAGCUUAGGCAAAGAGCAAUUUUUAGCUCUGUACCUCAGUUCAGGAGUUGUUUCUAGUUUUACAAGUUACAUGUACAAAGUGUUAACCAAACAACCAGGGUUGUCUUUAGGUGCUUCAGGCUCCAUAAUGGCCGUUUUGGGUUAUGUUUGUACCCAGUACCCCGACACACGACUAGGAAUUAUCCUAAUGCCUUUUUUUACUUUCUCUGCCGAUUCUGCUAUUAAGUUUAUAGUCGCGUUGGAUACUGCUGGGGUGUUUAUGGGGUGGAAGUUCUUUGAUCACGCUGCCCAUUUAGGCGGAGCUGCUAUGGGCAUUUUUUGGGCUCUGUGGGGCAACCAGAAGAUAUGGGGUAACCGGGAACCUGUCCUACAAUUUUGGCACUAUCUGAGAGGCUCCAUCAAGUAAUUUUCAUUGUAUUCUAAUUUAUAUUAUGAUGUUUUCAAAUAAUAUUGUGAUUAUUUAUAUAUAAUUAAAAUCCGAAAUUGUUUAUUCAUAAUUUUUACCCGAGUUAAUUAGAAUGUAGAUAUAGAUAUUUGAAAUUAGCA